AUUCAGAUAUCAAAGCUUCUUUUAACUGGCUACAUGUUCUGCGCGAAUUUAUCCGCUGGAAUUUCAUUGUUACAUUUGCCGUCGGAUAAAUUUAAGUCGUUGAUAUAAACAAGUAAACCAUUAGUACCGGGGAACAUAACUGAAGGCUAUUUAUUUGUACUUAAGAAUAGUACACAAAUAUAUAGAAAAAGUGAAUGCUUAGAUAACUCGUGCAAAACAUAUAUUUUAGUUGAACCAAAAUUCGCCAAUAAAUGUGAAAAAAUAAUACUUGGAUAUUUUUGAAGUAGACCUUAAGGUAGGCGCAACAGGGUGACAUUAUUGCUCCAGAUGAUAAUUAUAAACUAUUGACACAUUAAUUUUAUACAGCUAGUAACUAGUGUGUCGAAAUUAAAAGUAAACAUCUUUAUUGCUUGAUAGUACAUUCAUCGUGGGUGUGAACACAAAAUGAACACCACCAAUACUUCUCAUGAUCCAUCAUCAUUUGUCAACAAUUCAAGUGGUUUGAACUCUACUCAAGCCCCCCCUAAAAUUGAAGCUGGUGGGGAAUAUUAUGGAAAGAGUGAAAAUUUCCGCAUCACAAAAAAUGUCGUCAUUAUUGGCCUGGCUUUUAUGAUACACUUCACUGCAUUCCACGGAACAUCGAACCUGCAAAGUUCUGUCAAUUCUGAUGCCGCAUUGGGAACCACUACGUUGGCUGUCAUUUAUGGCUCUCUUAUAUUAUCGAAUAUAUUUUUACCAGUUACUGUUAUUAGAUGGUUUGGUUGUAAAUGGACAAUAGCGCUUUCUUUCAUAGCCUACAUGCCAUAUAUUGCGGCUCAAUUUUAUCCGCGUUUUUACACAUUCAUACCCGCCGCACUGGGAGUUGGCUUUGGAGGUGGUCCAUUAUGGUGUGCGAAGUGCACAUAUCUCUCCAUUGUUGCGGAGGCGACUACCCGCGUUGUGGGAAAUGACAGCGUAAAAGAUGUUAAUGUUGUCCGUUUCUUUGGAUUAUUCUUUGUUUUCUAUCAGAUGGCGCAGGUCUGGGGAAAUCUAAUUUCAUCGUCGGUCUUAUCAUUUGCAACGGCAGGGGAAUUUGAUGGUGUAAUGCCAAACUUAACUUUUCCUAGUAAGAGCAGAGUUGCUGAAAUUUGUGGAGCAAACUUUUGUCCAGGUGUUGAUGCUAAUAUUAAUCCUAAUUUAAUUCCACCGCAACCAGAAAAAAUUCAAGUACUAUCCGCGAUAUUUUUAUGCUGUAUGGUGUUGGCUUGUCUGUUGGUUAUUUUUGGAGUUGAUUCAUUAAAGAGGUAUGGAAUGGACCGCCAUGAAGCUGGCAAAGGACAAUCAGGUUGCAAACUUUUAUCAGUUACUGUUAAAUUACUUUCUGAACAAUACCAGUUGCUAUUGUUACCAAUAACGAUGUUUAUCGGCCUUGAAGAAGCAUUUGUUGCCGUUGAUUUUACAGCUUCAUUUGUUGCUUGUGGUUGGGGUAUCUCACGAAUAGGAUUUGCAAUGAUUUGUUUUGGAAUCGCUAAUGCUAUUGCAGCAGGAGUUGCUGGAGCAUUGGCUAAGUUAGCAGGACGUCUAUCAAUUAUGUUAACAGUAUUCGUAAUUCAUGUUUCCCUUUUGAUUUGGAUGCAUCAAUGGAAAGCUGUUGAAGGUGACUAUGUAACUUAUUGUGCUAUGGCCGCUGUUUGGGGUAUCUGUGAUGGAAUUUGGUUGGUGAACGUAAACGCCUUUUCGGGAAUUCUAUUUCCUGGAAAAGAAAUUGCAGCAUAUAGUAAUUUUCGGUUAUGGGAAUCUACUGGCUCAGUUAUAGGAUACAUCAUAAGUCCUUUGCUUUGUACAUCAAUUAAACUGAAAUUACUUCUUUCUGUGAUGAUAGUUGGAAUGUUUGGAUAUAGUUAUAUUGAAUACAUGGAGAGGCGAGAAAAAGGUUUAGUUGAUAGAACAAAUGUUGAACUUGUUGAACAAGGAGAACGAUGACAGGACACAGCACUUACGAUGACAGGUAGCAUAAUGUUGCGUACGAUUUUAAACUAGACAAUGUUUUAAUAAAAUCUAAAUGCUGAAUUAUUA